GUGGCCCGGCGUAACGAGCGGGAGCGCAACCGGGUCCGGCUGGUCAACCUGGGCUUCGCCGCCCUCCGCCAGCACGUCCCCCACGGCGCCGCCAGCAAGAAGAUGAGCAAGGUGGAGACCCUCCGCUCCGCCGUCGAGUACAUCCGUGCCUUGCAGCGGCUCCUCGACGAGCACGACGCCGCCGCCUUCCCCGACGGCCGCGGGCGGGCGGCCGUCGGGGAAGGAGGCGGCGGCGGCGGCUACUCCUCUGCUUCGCCCUCCUUCGCCUCCUCCGUGCCCGGCUCGCCUUGCUCCUCCGAGGAGAGCGGCUACGACGCGGCGCUCAGCCCCGAGGAGCGGGAGCUGCUGGACUUCACCAGCUGGCUCGGGAGCUACUGAGCCGGCGGGAGGUGAGGGGGGAUCCGGCGGGGAGGUGCUGGGGGGUGCCGCUUCCCCCCCGCGUCCCCCGGGGGAGCGGGACACGGACCCACCGGGGCUCUCCGCACAUCUCUCCGCAGCCGCGCUCAGCCUGCAGUACCUCAGCGGCCUCGCUCUCCGCAGCAGCCAGCGUCCCCCCCUCCCCAAAAAAUACUCGCACACCCCCCGUCCCGACCCCGCCGGCUGCGUUCCUCGCCGGGUUCACCCCUCGUCUUCGGGCUGUGGAAAGUGCAAUGGUGUAAGAGACUGGCCGGGGCUCCGCCACCCGCUCCCGGGGCAGCGGCUCCACCUGCCCGCCGGGAGCCGCCGACGGAGAGGAGCCCCCAGCGACCCUGCUUCCCCCCGCGGCUGCUGCCCGGUGUUGCGGAAAAAAACAAAACACGAUUGAAAACACUUGAUGCUUCCUUGUUUCUGGAGGGGGAGGGAUUUUUUUAUCAUGUCAGAUUCUAUUUUAUAUGUAACUUGAACUGCCUAUGGGAACACUGGUGUAUGAAGACUUAUUUUUGUACAAGAAACCUUAGAGAAAAGGGGUGAGGAGAUAGUUCUAUUUUUAGCAAGUCCUAUUCCCUUGUUCUUGAACACUGCCAGCUAGAAUGUUGUGGGAACAUUACAUGGUUUAUAUAAAAAAGUGGGGGUUUUUUUUGUCUCUCUCCAAACACUUUAGUAAAAGACUGUAAAGUUAUGUCUUAAUGUGGUGUCCAAGUUUGCCUGGUGUGAAGGUCCACUUCUCUGAAAACUGAAGUUUGUGUUUUUUAAAAAGAAAAUGUAUUGAAGGCAUUUUUGUAUGCACUUGCUAGGAUUUCUUAAGUUGUACAUAUGCAGUUUUUA